AUGGAUAAUAGAAAAGUAUUUAGUUCUUACAAAAGUAAGCUAAAUACUAAGAAAGAUAAUAGUUAUCAUCCAUAUUCUUUGAUAACUAAUAAAUUCAAAAAUUGGUUUAAUAAAAAUGAUAAUAAAUCUGAAUCUCCAGAAAAUCAACCAUCCUCAUCAUCAUCAUCAUCUGUAAAUACAAAUAAAAGUAAUGAGUCUACAUCAUCUUUUAUAAAACCAUUUAAAUUUCCUGAACCGAAAUUAUCCAAACAAACAUCAUCAACAUCGACUUCUACUGAUGGUAUUAAAUCGUUUAGAGUUCCUGGAUCAUUCACAUUAGAUGAUAUACAACAACCCAAGGAACAACCAAAAGAGAAACAGGAACCACUGAUGAAUCAAGUUGCAGACAUUAGUCGUCAUGACAUAUCUAUGAAUGAUACAACCAACGACCAAACUGCAAAUGAAAUUUUAUCUAAUUUUUUCAAAAGAAAAGGUGAAACUCCAUUGAAUGAUAUAGAAUAUGAAGGAGUAAUGGCAUUAAUUUCAAGAUCAAAAGCAGGUACACCAAUAAGUAAACGAGUGAUAUCGGAAUCAAUAUUAGAUCAACAUCAACAACCACAACGGAAAAAAGCUAGAAAUGAAAAGAUAUCAGAAACGGCGGUUGCUCCAUAUAAACAAAGUACCUUGAUUCAUGAUACUUCAAACAUAAGUAUAUCUACUCCAGGUUAUAAACCAACAUAUCACACUAUUCAAAAUGAUACUUUUGAUAGAAGUAAUCAAUCGUUCAAUAAUACUACUUCAAUUAUACCUUCUAUUAAACGAGUUUAUCAAUUUUCAGGAUUACCUUCGCCUUAUUCUACUAGACUUAGACCUCCUUCAACAACGAAAAAAUAUAAAAAACUAAGAAAUUUGCAUAAUGAAAAUAGUAAACUUGAUAACAACACAAGUGCUACUACUACUACUACUACUACUAAUAAUAAUAAUAAUAAUAAUAAUGAUACUACGAAUAAUAGUGUCAAUGCUACUUUUGUUGAUAAAACACGAGAAUUUAAAAGUGAUACAGCUAAGACUUUAUUAUCUAUUUUGGAUGGAAAUGAACAAGAGAAAUCGACAUUUGAUUUUAAUAAUGAUUCAAACCCACAAUCAUCAUCAUCAUCAGGGUUUAAAUUCAUUAAUCCAUAUUCUAAAAAUGGUCGUAAAAUAUCAAGAUCAAUUAAAAAUCUUAAACCAGAAACAGGAAUAGUUAAAAAUUCAAUAUCUAUAACUGCCAAUGAUAUUGAUAAAACUAUAUCUUAUGAUAAAUCUGAAUCAUUGCCAUUGCCAAAGAAACAAACAUCUCAAGAUUCAUCCAUUGAUAAAUUGGAGAAGAAAUCGAAUGAGCAGUUAAAUAAAGAGAGUAGUGGUGAAAAACCAUCAGCAUCAACAAAUGGAUUUAGUUUUAAGAAGGAUUUAGUUUCACCAUCGAAAAAUUCCUUGACUAGAAAUAAACCUGGGCCAAUUUCUGAGGCAGCAAAUGAAAUUUCACAAGAGAAUAACAACAACAACAACAACAACAACAAAAACAAUAGAUCUGAUGCUAUUACCACAAAUAGUACUAGUACUAGUACUAAUACUACUACUACUACUAAUGGUGAACCAAAAUCCAAUGGAAUAAUCAAUUUCAAUGGAAAUUCAACCAAACUAGCUACGAACCCCACUACCACCACUACCAAAGAAACCCCUAUUGAAAACCCCAAAUCUAAUGGAAAUUCUAAUAAAUUGAAUCCAUUUUUAUUUGAAUUUCCAAAAGUUGAAGUGAAAAAUGUUCAGUUGGAUACAAAUAAAGUUGAUAAUUUUAAAUCAUUAUUCUUGUUCUAG